AUACAGCUAAUGUGACACCCACACGCUUUUCUCAAUCUCUCUCUCUCUCCGGGAUUCACGCUUUUCUCAAUCUCACUGUCGGAGAGAGAGAGAGAGAAUCUCGCCGCCGAAUCGAUAAUCACCGUCGAAAAAGGAAGAGACUUUCGUGGAGAGAGAGAGAGAGAGAGAGAUGAGUUUUCAAGAUUUAGAGGCGGGGAGAGGAAGAUCAUUAGCUUCUUCAAGGAACACCAAUGGUGGAGGAGAAGGAGGAGGAGGAGGUAGACAAGACACGACGCAAGCCGUAGCUUCCGGUAUUUUUCAGAUCAACACGAGCGUCUCCAGCUUCCAACGACUCGUCAACACUCUCGGUACUCCCAAAGACACCCCCGAGCUCCGAGAUAAGCUUUGUGUGAAAGACACAGCAGCUAAACUUAAAGAAGCUAGUGAAACUGAUCAUCAGAGAGGUGUCAAUCAAAAGAAGAAGAUUGUUGAUGCUAAGCUUGCAAAAGACUUUCAAUCUGUAUUGAAAGAGUUUCAAAAGGCUCAGCGUCUCGCUGCUGAAAGAGAAACCGUUUAUGCUCCUCUUGUCACCAGACCAUCUCCUCCAUCUAGCUAUACAGCCAGUGAGAUAGAUGUGAAUGCAGAUAAGCAUCAAGAGCAGCGUGCGCUUCUUGUGGAAUCAAAAAGACAAGAACUUGUACUGUUGGACAAUGAGAUUGCGUUUAAUGAUGCUGUUAUAGAGGAAAGAGAGCAAGGGAUAGAAGAAAUCCAGCAGCAGAUUGGCGAGGUGCAUGAGAUCUUCAAAGACUUGGCAGUGUUGGUACAUGAUCAAGGAACCAUGAUUGAUGAUAUCAGUACUCACAUCGAUAACUCCCACGCUGCAACUGCACUAGGAAAAUCUCAUCUCGCAAAAGCCUCAAAGACACAAAGAUCGAAUUCUUCCCUGACGUGCUUGCUCUUGGUGAUUUUUGGUAUCGUGCUCCUGAUUGUUAUUAUAGUGCUCGCGGUUUGAUUUUCCAGAACUCUUGAAAGCAUGAAAAGAGUGCUUCAUCAUCAUUCAACAAACUGUUGGAUUGUUGGUCUUUUGUCUCUUGUUAUUGAGUAUAUAGAGUAGUUCCCUUUGGUUUGGUUUGUGGGUGUUGGGUUUUGUAAGAAAGUGUUACUGCUUUGUUGUCUCUUCUGUUGAAGACCAGAGUGAAUCAUAAAACUGAAAUCUUCUAUUUGUGUUUUUUUCUUUAAGAUGAAAUUCUUAGUUUCGAUUA